AUGGCUCCAACCAUCGCUGUUAUCGGCGCCACAGGCAAGCAAGUCCCUGGCAUCUGCUGGGGCGGACGUCGUCCAGGCAAACGGGUUCAACCAUGCAGAAAUGGUGGCGGCCUUGCAAGGAGCAUCAGGCUCUAUGCCAAUAUCAACUCCGACGACAAGGCUUGGAGAGACCCUAAUGGCCCAACCGAGUUCGAUCUGGGAAAGGCAAUUGUCAAUGCAGCAAUCGCAGCAGGUGUGCAAGAUUUCGUGUACAGUGGUGGCCCCCCUUGCACCGAGAUGACCGAUGGCAAGGUCAGCAUGAAGGCAAUGGACAUGAAGUAUCGGGUUGAGCAAUACGCGAGACAGACUGGCCAGUUCCGGACGAUUGUUAUUGUAAACCCGGCUUGGUACUUCGAAAACUUUCUUGUCCAGGAGGUUGCCCCCGUCUUUGGAGGCUUCCCAUAUUGCCCCGACUCUGAGGGUUUCCUGACAUUUCGCGUGCCUCACUGGGGCGGAGAUAACAAGGUCCCUUUCUUGAACAUCACCGAAGAUUAUGGCGACAUUGUGCACGGCAUAUUCUUGGAACCCACUCGAUGGAACGGUCGUGUUAUUCACGGAGCAAGCGAUCUUAUUGGAUUCCAUGAAUUGAUCGCCACAUUUGAAGAAGUUACUGGUAAACCGUCUCGGUUCGAACCGAUUCUGCCCAACUGGGAGGCCUUCGACACUCAUGGAAUCCCGGAGCUGGAGGAUGUCAAACUCAUGUUCGGUUUUACUCAGAACACCGGAGGCCGUUACUUCAGUGAAGAGCCGAGCGAGAUCAACACGGCUACUGAGCUGAAGAAGAUCGUGGCGCAUGCCUUGGGCCGGCCGGAAGAGAAGCGCCAGUUGCAGACGGCUAAAAGUUUCUUUUCCUCCAACUUUCAGUAG